AAUUUUCAGAUUUUACAAUUUCAAAACCAUUCACACCUUUCUCUCUACCAAAUCACCUCUUCCUCUUUAAAAAAUUCCCAAUUGUGAGAAGCAGCCCUGGAUUUCAAGUAACAAUUAGGCUUGUUUAGCAGUGGGGUAAAACCCUGGGGUAACACGUUGUCGACAAUCACGGCUUUACUAAGAGGAAACCGCGGCGUCACCCAUGCCCGGGCACUCCGACGCAAGGGUUGUGUGACUGAGACUAACCCUUCGCCCCACGGUGGUCGCGGCGCUCUCCCCUCCGAAGGCGGCAGCCCCUCCGACCUCCUCUUCCUCGCCGGCGGCGGUCACUAGCUUCACCCCCCUAUUAUUAUAGUAUUACAUCUACUAAAACUGCUUGUAUAUCUAUUCUUAUUCUUCUGCUAUUAUUCUUGGAUCCACAAGCUGCCUUCUGUCUGUGGCAACAACAAAUUAAAGAUUGUAUUUUUAACUAAGAUAUUAGAAAUAUGAUGCUAAGAAUUAAGAGGGUCCCUACCGUUGUUUCCAAUUACCAAAGGGAAGAGGCGGAGGAGGGCGGAUGUGGCCGGAACUGCCUCAGGAGUUGCUGCCUUCCUGGGGCUAAGCUGCCGUUAUAUGCUUUUAAGAAGGCGAGUAAAGCUGUAUCUCAGCAUACUCCACUCGACAGCGAGCUUGGAAUCGACUUCUUGGACUCCCUUGUUCUUGGGGAGUGGGAGGAGCGUAUGCAGAGAGGACUCUUCCGCUAUGAUGUCACUGCUUGCGAAACCAAGGUGAUUCCUGGGAAGUAUGGGUUUAUUGCACAGCUGAAUGAGGGGAGGCAUCUCAAGAAGAGGCCCACCGAGUUUCGUGUUGAUAAGGUUCUGCAGCCCUUCGACGAGAGCAAGUUCAACUUCACUAAGGUCGGCCAAGAGGAGGUGCUGUUUCAGUUUGGUGCCAGUGAGGACAAUGAUGUCCAUUUCAACCCAUAUGCACCCAUUGAUGUUGAUAAUUCGCCAAGCGUCGUUGCCAUCAACGUUAGCCCCAUUGAAUAUGGACAUGUGCUGCUGAUCCCUCGAAUCUUUGAGUGCUUGCCUCAGAGGAUUGACCGCGAGAGCUUCCUCCUUGCUCUCCACAUGGCUGAGGAAGCCGGGAAUCCCUACUUCCGCGUUGGCUACAACAGCUUGGGCGCGUUUGCCACCAUCAACCACCUCCAUUUCCAAGCCUACUACUUGGCAACACCCUUCCCAAUUGAAAGGGCCCCUUCCAAGAAGAUAACCAUUACUAGUGGUGGAGUGAAGAUCUCGUACAUACUGAACUAUCCCGUGAGGGGACUUGUCUUUGAAGGUGGGGAUAGCCUUAAAGAUCUCUCUGAUGUCGUCUCAGACGCCUGCAUCUGCUUGCAAGAGAACAACAUUCCCUAUAAUGUCCUCAUAACCGACUCUGGAAAGCGCGUUUUCCUCUUCCCUCAGUGCUACGCCGAGAAGCAGGCUCUUGGAGAAGUGAGCCCGGAGCUCCUGGACACUCAAGUGAAUCCUGCAGUGUGGGAGAUUAGUGGACAUAUGGUGCUGAAAAGGAAGGAGGACUACGAGGGAGCGACUGAGGAGAACGCGUGGAGGCUCCUCGCGGAGGUUUCCCUCUCGGAGGAGAGGCUUGAGGAAGUGAAGGAGCUCAUACUGGAAGCCAUCAGCAGCUGCUGCGUGGGUGAGGUUGUUGGAAUGGCUCCGGCUGAGGAGUCGGUUUCAAGCGGCCCUUCUCAUGAGGACGCCGAUGAAUCCAUCAAAGGCUCCCACCCUGCAAUGGUGCCUGUUUAACAGAAUCCAUUGAUGAAAAGUGGAGUUUUAUGUGCAGAUUUCCCUAAAUAAACGCAAACUAUGUUUUGCUGGUUGUGUUGGACUUAUUAUCUUAUGCAUGUAAUGUAAAGUUUGUGGAUUGGUUGUGGAUUUAUGUGUGUGAUUGAAAUGUUGCUAUCUUGAGUGAAUGAUUGAUGUUUAUAUUUGACGCCA